AUGACGGCCGCCGUCAGUGGCAGCGUCAGCUGCAUCACUGAACCACACAGCCUGGGCUUCAUUGUCUUCAACUCGCUCCCCAGAACAGAGCUGGAAACACGGUCUCAACGAACAGCGAGGGAGAAGUCGGCCUCCCCCUUCGUGGAUCGGCGGAGAUCGGGCUUGAGGUGGAAGGCUCUCCCAUCCGACUCGGGCCCGGGCCCUCCCCUCCGCCUGGCUCUGAGAUGGGCCGAGGCUGCUGGAGGCAGCACUACUGAGCUGGGGAAAGGACUCUGGCUACAGGGGACUGGGGAGGGCGCCAGCUGUUGGGGAGCUGCGGGCCCUGCGGGACCCCUCAAAGGGGUGGAGUCAGGGUUGGCACCCCACGAGGCCAUGGACUCGUGUUGGCUGCUCCUGUUGGGGCUGUGGACGGUCACGCCCAUCUGGGCUGGGGACGAGCAGCUUAAUGUCUGCAUGGAUGCCAAGCACCACAAGCCAGAGCCUGGCCCAGAAGAUAAGCUUUACGAGGAGUGCGUCCCAUGGAAGGACAAUGCCUGCUGCACGGCCAACACGAGCUGGGAGGCCCACCUGGAUGUGUCCCUGCUCUACAACUUCAGCUUGGUUCACUGUGGAUUGAUGAUGCCCGGCUGUCAGCAGCACUUCCUCCAGGCCGUCUGCUUCUACGAGUGCUCCCCGAACCUGGGACCUUGGAUCCGGCAGGUGGAAAAUGGGCCAGGAGAGCGAAUUCGGGAUGUGCCGCUGUGCCGGGAGGACUGUGAGCAGUGGUGGGCCGACUGCCGCACAUCUUACACUUGCAAAUCCAACUGGCAUGGUGGCUGGGACUGGAGUCGGGGGAAGAACCGCUGCCCCGCGAGGGCAUUCUGCCACCCUUUCCCCCAUUACUUCCCCACCCCAGCUGACCUGUGCGAGAAGAUCUGGAGUGGCUCCUUCAAGGCAAGCCCCGAGCACAGGAGCAGUGGGCGGUGUCUGCAGAAGUGGUUUGAGCCUGCCCAGGGAAACCCCAACGUGGCUGUCGCCCGCCUCUUUGCCAGCCCUGGUGCAUCCCAGGAAGUCCCCUACACUCUCAUGGCCUUCUCUCUGUUCCUGUCAUUCCUUUCCUGAGAGCCCCUCAAGCCCCUCGCACUCCAACUCCCACGUUCCUCCAGCUUCGGCCCGGCCAAGCCAUGGCAGCCCUUCUCAGGCCCUUCCUUGAACACAGCAGCCCAGGCUGGGGGUUUGUGGGACACUGAGGCUGCAGCAGCUGGUGUCUGAGCCUUGACAUUUGGUUUUAGUUCCCCUCCACUGCUCUGCUCUGUCACUCCCUGCCUGGAAGGCAGCCACGGGCUGGGAGUGCCAAGGUGAAACCACUCCUGCCCUUAAGAACGGUGGGGCUCUGACAUGGGGCUGCAGGCCCUUCUCAUCCAGUGCACACCCACCCCUGCACUGGCAGAGCUGAUGGUGACAGCCUGGCAUCCUGUCCCACAGUGGUGCCUCCAAUAAAGUGGUA